AGCCUUAGAGGGUGGACGGUAAAUAAACGGCUGUGCAUAGUGUUAGACAGUGACAGCCAAUAUGGCAGGAAGAAGAGGAGUUGCUGCCCUGGCACAGAAGAAGUUGCUAGUUCUUGUUGAUCUAGAUGGUGUCAUGGCUGAUUUUGAGGGACAUUUUCUUACAAAGUGGAAACAGAAAUAUCCCGAUGAACCAUUUGUUGCAUUGGAAGAUAGGAGAACAUUUUACCUAGCUGAUCAGUAUGAAACUUUAAAAGAAGGACUGAAGCCAAUGGUUAAAUCUGUUUAUGAGUCUAAAGGAUUCUUCCGAGAUUUACCUCCAAUAGCUGGAGCUUGCAGUGCAGUUAAAGAAAUGAAUGAGAUGGAUGGAGUAGAGGUGUUCAUAUGUUCAAGUCCACUCUUCUUCUACAAAUACAGUGCUAAAGAAAAAUUUGCAUGGGUUGAGCAUUAUCUAGGGAAGAAUUGGAUAAAUAAAAUCAUACUGACCCGGGAUAAAACUAUUGUCAGUGGACACGUGCUGAUAGAUGAUAAUGUGAAAAUCAAAGGAGCUGUUGAUCCUCCAUCAUGGGAACAUAUAGUUUUCACAGCUUACUACAAUAAAGACAUGAACCUGAGGGGAAGGAGACGGCUAGACAAUUGGACAGAUGGAUCAUGGAAGGAUCUUAUCUUAGACUUCAAGAGAAAACUUUGACGACAUUCACCUAUUAGGAACUAAAUACGUAGUUAUGCAAUUACCAUAUUCUGUUUAUCUAUGCAGGGAUUUUACAUAAUUAUAUAUUUUUUGUUAGGUCUACAUGUGAUAUUAAUUGUAAAACCUA